CCGCCGCCCGCCGCCCCCGCCACCCCGGCCGCCGCCACCUGGCCGCACGUGCAGCAGCGGCCGCCGCCCAGCGAGAAGGAGCGGAGGGCCGCCGAGGAGCGCCUCAACAAGCUGCGCCUGGACGUCGACAACAAGCGACUCGCCAUCAAGAACCUCAAGAUGGCCCUGGAGCGCCUCGACAUCACAGACAACAUCGACGUGCGCAUCCAGCAGGCGGAGCUGGAGUACCAGCUGGGGCGUGAGGAGCUCAACCUGCUGUCGCUGCUGGAGGAGACCCGCAACGUGGCCGCCCUGCUGGAGGAGGCGGAGCGGGCGAGGAGCAGCCAGGCCGCCAACACCCUGUACAGCUGCGUUGGGCCAGCAGGGCGGGCGGGGCUCGUCUCGGUGCAGGUGCAGUACGACCCCAAGAGCCCCCAGUUCGGCGCCGGGCCCCGCGACGACGCGCCCGGCCUGUACGUGCACUGGGCCACCGACACCAGCGGGAUGGCCAAAGGCGACAGGGUGCUGGAGGUGAACGGCAAGCUGGUGCUGAGCAAGACCCGCGACGACAUGCACCGCCUCCUCGCCGUGUCCCCGGACCCGGCGCAGCUCGUGCUGCUGCGCGCCGCCCCGGAGCAGGACCUGUCCGCGAUGUCCGCGCAGCUGUCCGCGGAGCGCGAGCGGGCCCUGCAGGCGGAGCGGUCAGCAGACAGCCUGCGCGCCGACAGCGUCCGCUUGUCGCAUCGCAUCUCCUACCUCGAGGACCAGGUGUCGGAGCUGCUGACCUGCGGGACGGGGGCGCUGCACGGCUCCACGGCCGGCCCUCAGCGGUCGGCCAGCGCCAACGUGUCCACCGUCAUCGUGACGGCCUCCUCGUCGCCCUCCCCGUCCCCGAGCGACGUCCAGCUCUACCAGAAGGGGUCGCAGGUCAGCAGUAACUCCCACCAAUACCAAAACAACAACCACACCAGUCAGCAGUACAGCGGCAACAAGCCCCACCGGAGACUCGUGCAGCUCGUGUCCAACCUGCCGCGACUGGAGGCCAGCAUGCGCAGCAAGCGCGUGGACAAGGACGACCCCCAGCGGCUGGAGCGGCUGGACCGACUGGAGCAGCGGCUGGAGCGGUCCAGGAGGCAGUCGCACUCCAGCUCCAGCGGCAACCUGAGCCUGCAGCUGGCGCGCAGCACCAACGCCCUGGACGUGUUCAGCGCCGAGUCGCCGCGCGGCCCCGUGCAGCACAUCCGGAUCCGGCAGUCGCCCAGCCAGUCCGACGGUCUCGCCUCCGAUUCGGACAUCCGCCGGCCGAGGCGCAAGUCCGAGGCCCACAGCGGCCUCGGCGAGCACGGUACCAGCGGCGGGCGCCACUACCGCAAGCACCACGAGUACUGCAGCUCGGGCGGCGAGGGCGGCGGCGGUGGCCGGCUCGAGGCACGCCCCGCCUCCUCGUCGUCCACGUCGAGGCCGGUGCCGCCCAGGAAGCCGCUGCGCCUCUCGCUGCACCGCGCCGCCUCCCUUCAGUCCGUCGAGUCGGCCCCGCCAGGCUCCGGAUCCACCCCCGGGGGCGGCGCCGCGGAUAAGAAGGCGCCCAAGCGCAACCACAAGGGGGAGGCGCCUGUGCCGCCGGGGUCCGGCGCGGAGCACCCCGGCCAGCACCAGGCCCAGCCGCAGCAGCCCGCCGGCAUCCCCUCCGAUGCCCCGCACCCGCACCCCUUCCAGUCCGCCCUGCGGUGGACGGCGCCCUCGUCAGGAACGUCCUCCCCGGCGGCGCACCUCUACCGCAGCAGCGGCAACCUCACCGAGAAGUGGUGCUGAGCGGAGAAAGGAGAGAUCUUGUGCUAGCGAACAUAUGGCAUGUGCAAUAUUCUCUAGUAAUUUCAAACUAGAAUAAAGUGUUAUUUAUUCCUUUGCGGCACAAGAACUCCCCUAUCUCAUCCUCUUUCUCAUUUAAAGCCAAAUUUUUUAACUGUCACAGGAUAUCUA